AUGGACUCUGAAAUGGGUCGCCAAGUUGAGGAACAGGAAAUCUGCCUGAAGUUGUUCUAUGCGUGGUGGCCUGAAAACUCGAACCUGGGGUUUGCUCUGUAUGGCAUGUGUCUUGAGAUAUACCGCCCUGGUGAGGAGGAUGCCUUCCAAAUACUGCGGUUCACUAUUGACUCAGAGGAUGAACAAUGCCAAAGAUGGCUACGAGUGCAACCGACACCAUCGCUAGAUUUUCUCAACCAGAAGAAAAUCAGAGAGAUGAGUGCUAAACUCGACAAUUUUCCGCCGUCAUACUCGGACUUUUUUCCAAACCGCGUCAUUGACCUUGGCGCCGAUCCAGAGGGAGAACAGCUCAAGCUUGUGACGAAACAUGAGUGUCUUGACCAAAAGUACGCGGCUCUUAGCUAUUGCUGGGGCACUCCCGAAGAGGCAGAAAUGCAGUUCACGACCAUGAGGUGCAAUCUCCAGAAUCGAUACUCCGGCUUCCAUCUCUCUGAGGUAUCCCCGGUGAUCAAAGAUGCCGUGGUAGUAUGCCGGGCCUUCGGUGUGAGAUACCUCUGGGUCGAUGCCGUUUGCAUCAUCCAGGACGAUGAUUACGAUUGGGAACAAGAGUCUGCUCUCCUGGCCAUGAUCUUCAGGGAUGCUUACUUUGUCAUCGCCACACCCGCAUCCGACUCGUGCAAUGAGGGCUUCCUCUCCUUGACCAAGCCUUUCAUCCACCUACCAUUCCAGUCAAAGCUCAAGCCAGGCAUUCAAGGAACAUACCGCCUCGUACCGAUACCAAAUCAUGAAAGGUCUACUGAUCAGGCCACUUUCGCGAGACUUGCGGUGGAAGAUUACUACGCAUCGAGGUGGCGCACCAGAGGCUGGAUCUACCAAGAACAGGUGAUAGCGCAAAGAAUUCUUCUCUUUGGACGCAUGGGUCUUUCGGCCCACUUCCAGCAAGACUAUAGCACCCCCCACUUCUUUGCAUAUUGUGCAGAAAGACACCUAAACUACCGCGGAUGGUUUCGAAUAGCGACAGCCUUUUCAGACACUAAUUUCACACGUCCAACGGACCGGCUCCCGGCUAUUUCUGGCUUGGCCAAGCUAUACCAGGAUGUCCUUCAGGAUGAAUACCUGGCGGGGUUAUGGAGAAAUGAUCUUUACAAAGGUCUUUUCUGGCAGUCCGAAUUCUCAAAUCGCCCCCGUCAGGAGCUCACCGCUUUCUUGGAGUCGCCAGAUCCAUACAUUGCGCCUUCAUGGAGCUGGGCCAGGAAAGAUCAUGCUGCAUCUGGUGGUGUGGGGCAACUUCUUGAUCUUCGGCAAGAAUUUGAAGUGUUACAACAAGAAUUCGCACUCCUUGAUGUCGAGAUGGAUCUAGUUGGAUCCAAUCCGUAUGGUCAGCUAAGAAGCGGCAAGCUCACUUUGCGAUCAAGAGCUGCAGAGAUUCCAUCUAGUUGGGACUUUGUAGAUGAUGAAAUUGGCUUCCUUGAUGACAAGGAGAGAAUUCAGUUGCAGCCUGACUGGAAUUGGUAUAUCGAGGGAAAGGGGAAUACGGAACGGGUCACCUUGUUUCUUCUCGGAUCUUGCAUCAUAAAAAGACAACAGCCUUGCUAUUGCCACGAGCUCGGCGUCAAUGAGGGUAAUUUGAGCGACGAAAUACUUGACAAUGCAAACGCCAAGGAAGAGCAGGCCUUGGCAGGCCUUGGAGCGUUGGACCUAGGAGAUUCGGAUCACGUUGGGGAACACGAUCAGCAACUGUGUUUGCAUUGCAAGAAGCAACUCAUCAUUUACGGGCUCUUACUACAGCCCACCAAAGAACCGGGCAAGUUCUUUCGGGUUGGCAUCUUUGUUUCAGAUCCCAACACUCAUGUUCUCGGGGGCAUGAGCCUUUGUCAGGACUGGGAGACCAGAACAGUUGAGCUUAUCUGA